AGACAUUCUGGGAGCUGCUCAGCGCAUGAAGAACAGUAACAUGUCGAAUGAGAUGAGUGCCCCUCUUCUCUUGGAUGAAGAGGACACAGUUGAUGCUGUGCAUAUGACUCCUAGUUCUUCCACUGUGGCCAUACUGGGUUCUGGUGACUUCUCACGCUCCUUGGCUAUGCGGUUGGUGGCAUGUGGGUUUAAUGUGGCAGUGGGGACUCGCUGUGUGAAGCGCAUCUCUCCUGGUCUCUUUCUGGAUGCAGUGGAGCUGAACAGUCAGGAGGCAGCAGUAGCAAAAGCCAAGAGGCUGGUCUUUGUGGCCAUGUUCCCUGAGCACUAUUCAUCCCUGCUGCGCCUCAGAUCAGCACUAGCUGGAAAGAUUCUCGUGGACGUGAGUAAUGCUUUGCAGGUGAACAGCAAGAGACCAUCUAAUGCAGAGCAGCUUGCCGAGAUGUUCCCAGACAGUGUGGUUGUUAAAGGCUUUAACACAAUUUCUGCUUGGAAUCUGCAGACUGGUGCACAGGAUGGUAGACGGCAGGUGCUGCUGUGCAGUGACAGUACAGAAGCAAAGCAUGAGGUAGCCCAGCUCGCCCGGCGCAUGGGCUUCUUCCCAGUAGAUGUUGGCCACCUGUGCUGUGCACAGAAUCUUGAAAGAAAGCCCUUGCAUCUCUUCCCUUCAUGGCAUGGCCCUGUCCUCACCACCUUCCUGCUCUUCUUUUUCUUCUACUGCUAUGGAUUUAUUCGUGGGAUUCUUCUGCCAUACUUGUCCUAUGGACAAAACUCCUUUUACCACCUAGUCUUUGACCUAGUGAAUGAAAGCCUGCCAUGUGUGGCACUUGUCAACCUGGCACUGGUGUACCUGCCAGGGCUGUUUGCAGCAUGGCUGCAGCUGUGGAGAGGCACUAAGUACCAGCGAUUCCCCUGCUGGCUGGAUGCCUGGCUGCUCCGGAGGAAACAGCUUGGUCUAUUGAGCUUCUUGUGUGCUGCUCUGCAUGGAGUGUACAGUCUCUGCCUUCCACUUCGUACCAUCACACAACACAGGCUCAUCAAUGCUGCUUACCAACAGGUGAAGUCAGGUGUGGAGAUGCCAUGGGAUGAACAGGGUGUUUGGCGGACUGAUCUCUAUGUGUCCAGUGGAGUGUUAGGUCUGGGCAUCUUCUCCCUGUUGGCUAUCACAUCUCUCCCCUCAGUGGGCAACAUCCUCACAUGGAGGGAGUUCACCUUCAUUCAGUCUGGACUCGGAUACACUGCUUUGACUCUCUCGGUCAUGCACACGUUGGUGUUCGGCUGGAAUUUUGCCUUCUCCUCCCAGGCCUAUGCAUUCUACAUGCCACCCAGCUACAUGCUAGCUGUGGCUCUGCCAUGUGUCGUCCUGGUGUGUCGCUGUUUCCUGCUGCUGCCAUGUGUCUCCACCAGAUUGGCACGUAUACGCCGGGGCUGGGAAAGCACACGCAAAUGCCCUGUGUCACAGCACCACCGAGUGCGGGCGAACAGGACAGUUCUACAAGUCUAGUUAGGACAGUCAAAUAACACUGAUGUAUUUACUUGUUUACAACAUGAAUAGUUUGAAUACAGCACUUAUAUCAGGAUAACACUGUGCACAUUUUUAAGAUGCUGUAGCUUUAGGGGCUGCAAUCAGAAUGGCAGUAUUACUUCCCCCCCAAGAUUUUUUUUUCCAACAGUUGAGGAGUUGAAAAGAACCAGCAAUGGCUUUUCUCAAGCUUUUAGAGAUAGAACAAUAGCAUUACACAACCCUGCAACCUAUUAAUGGGCUUUGAGCUACUAACUGUGUGAUAUGCCAGUAUAAUCGCAAUCAAUCAUUUGUAUCAGGUACAAUAUGUAUAAUUUAAAAAAGUCAGUCAUUUCCACAACAGUUCAGUCAAUGGUACUGGCACUGGCUUUAUGAAAUAACAUCCACUUGGAAAA